AUGCUGCAGCGCUACACGGCACAAGCAUGCCGCUGCGCCUCGACCUCGACCGCCACCACCCCGUGCCGCCACUCGCUCCCCACCAUCGUCCCUCGCCGCUCCCACUCCAAGUCGGCUCCCUCGUCCGCCACCGCCCAUCUCGCCCGAGAACUCGAGCGCCCCUUCACCUACACGGCCCCGCUGUGGCGCUCGUCGGCUCAACCCGCCGCCGAUCACUGGUUCGGCGCCCUCCGCCCCGGCUGGACCGGCUGGAACCGCGAUUCGAGCCCGCCCACCUCGUCGAUCCAGUACUCGCGUCCCGACCCACCAGAGCGACCACCACCUGCGCGCUCCACCGCGUCCUCCCCUCGAGAUGAGCCGCCUGCCCCACGCGCCGCCGCCGCCGUCGACGACGCCAUGGCCUCGCGCCUCGCCGCCUACUUUGCCGCGCGCGGCCCACGCUCGACCCUGUCCCAGUUCCGCGACGAGUUUGGCGACUACCUCGCCGUCGCGACAAAGGCCGACAUGCCCCUCGUCAAGGCCAUGGUCCUCGAGGACGCCAUGCUCGCCGACCUGACGGGCGCCAGGCGCCGCCGGCACCUCGGCAUGGACCGGUUCGCGACGCCCGAGGGCGCACACGAGGGGGGCGAGAUGCAGAGGGUCGUCGAGAGCGGGAGGGCGAGGCCUGCGGUGGCAGAGGUCAGGGUCGAGCGGGACGAGGUCGAGCGCGCGCCGCGCAGGAGGGAGGGCGAGGAGAAGGAGGUCGCGCUGCGGCUCGACGCUGGCGAGCUCGCCGCAGCGAGCGAGACGGUCGACGCGGCGGAGGUGUCGCUCGAGGCGGAACUCGAGGAGCUCGAUGCAGCGGGCGCGGCCGCGCUCUUGCGCGAGUACGCCGCCGGCCGCUCGGACUCAACGUCGAGCGAGCGCGUCGCGCUCGCGUGGGACGCCUUCAGCGACUCGGCCGACCUCGCCAACUCGACGAGCGACCUCAAGCUCGCCCUGUCGCUCCUGGUCCGCCUCGCCGAGCCACCCGCCGUCGCCGGCGCCCUCCCCACCUCCUCCACCUCGCCCGCCGACCUCCCCCUCGCCCUGCGCGUCCUCGACUCGCUCCUCGACGUCUUCUCCGACGAUGUCGUCGCGCCCAACCCGACCGGCGACGGCGUCUCGAACGCGGUCCCGCACGACGCGCGCCUCCAGGUCGUCCUCCUCCGCACGGCCGCCACCGUCGCCCUCUCGGACGACUUCCUCUCGCUCGCCGUCCGCGCCCUCGAGGCCCUCGCACGCGUGCGCGACGCGCACCCGGCGCUCGAGCGCUCGCCCGAGACGGGCCGGGACGGCGAGCUGCUCGAGGGCGCGCUCGAGCAGGGCCUGGCGAGGCUCGCGGACGAGCGCCACGAGACGUACCGCCCGUCGACGCUGCGCGAGGAGGGUGAGGGCGGCGACGCAAAGGGCCCGGCGCUCGUCGCGCUGGUGGCGUCGCUCCUGCGCGUCGCCGCUCGGUGGGCGCCGCUGCCUCGCGCCUCAGCCUCGUCCUCAACCUCCUCCUCUCUCUCGCCCUCUUCCGCAACCUCGCCCGCCGCCCCCGUCGUCCCGGCCAAACUCGCGCCCGUCCUCGCCUCGUUCGCCGACGAGCUCGCGCACCGGUACCGGUGGGACCUCCUCGCCGCGCACUGGGCGACGUGGUCGGCCCGCGGGUGGAUUAUGCCCCGGUGGCACCUGCGCCUCGCGAGGUGGCUCGCCGGCGAGGCGCCGUACUCGACGUACCCGCUCGACGACCCGUCCGCCGCCCCCGCCACCAGCGCCGUCAGCGCCGUCGCCACGACGACGCCGCAGCACUCGACGCGCACGGUCCACCCGGCCGCCUUUACGCGCCUCGCGCUCGCGACAAGCGCGCACCUGCAACGCGGCCUCGUCGCCGGCGGCGCGCGCGCCUGGACGCCCGACGAGCGCUGCGACUGGCUCGACCUCCUGAGCACGUCGCGGGCGUCCAACGCGCGCACGCGCACCGCCGCGCGCCGGUGCGCCCUCGCGUGGCACGCCGCCGCGCCGCCCACCUCCACCUCGGCCGCGCCGUUCGUCGUGCGCGCCGGGACGCUCCUCGCGCUCGUGCGCACGGCCUUGCCGCCCAACGUCAAGGGGUGCGCGGCGUCGGCUGUUGCGACGCGCGCGCGCAGCGAGGCGUCGUACCUCGUCGGGGCGCACCUGGCCGUGCUCGCCAACAAGGCGUCGCCGUACGCGAGCGCGUCGGGCGAGAUUGCCCACUUUGACUUGACGACGCUCGCGCAGGCGUACGGCCUGCUCGGCGACACGGCGAGCGCGGCGCAGGUGUCUCGCCGCCUGCUCGAGCAGAAGACGGUGCCGGACCGCAAGGACGUCGAGACGGUCCUCGUCGCCCAGGCGACGGCGACGCCGGACAAGGCGCUCGAGCUCGUCAGGACGGCGGCGCGGUUCGGCAUCAUGGUCGACGUCGACAUGCUCGAGGCCGUCCUGCGCGCCAUGCUCGAGGGCGUCGUCGAGCGCUCGCGUCGAGCCUCGUCGCCGCCGACGUCCUUGCCCCCGUCGUCGACGGCUUCGGCCGACGCGGUCGUCGCCCGCGAGCCCGCCGCCGACGGAGCGCAGCGCGCGUGGCACGAGCGCAACCAGGUCCUGCAGGGCAUGCUCGACCUCGCCAAGGAGCUCGGCCUCGCCCCUCACGACCGGCGCCGCCUCGCCCGGUACGCGCACGACUUCCUCCCCCUGCGUACCCACGCCCUCGCCCCGCCCGGCGCCGCCCCGCUCCCACUCGGCGCGCCCGACAUAGCCGCCACCGUCCCGCUCAACGACUCGCCCGCCGCCGCGCACGCCCAGCUGCGCGCCGCCCACGCCGACGGCGACUACCGCGCCGCGUUGCGGGUCCUGCGCCGCGCCGUCGAGCGCCUCGGGCUCCGCGACGAACGCGCGCUCGGGCUCGCGCUCGGGGCGUGCACGGCGGCGCUCGCGCGCGGGCGCAGGGCGACCGAGGGCGACGAGGUGCGCUCCGCCGCGAGGGGCAUCAUCGACGUUGCGCUCGGGCCCGUGCCGACGCUCGUGCAGACGAGUAGGGGGCUCGACGUCGUGCUCGAGUGGGUGCGCAAGGUCGGCGACGUCGAGGCCGUCGAGGCGCUCAUGGGCAUCAUGCGCGAGCAGGCCGAGGUCGGCGGGCAGGGCGAGCCGAUCGCGCCGAGCGACAAGAUGGUCGAGAAGACGGUGCGGUGGGCGGUGGCGCAGGUCGGCAAGGAGGAGCUGCUCGCUCGCGAGGGGUGGCUCGGCGAUGCGACGAGGAGGACCGUCGCCAAGGCGCAGCGGUAG